CUUUCUCACUCGACCAUCUUUGUGUCUCACGUCACAAUCUCAAAAACAUGCAUCCGCGGCCACGAACCCAUGUCUAAAAACCUAGGACUGAGACUCUUCGAGUUCUCGCAAAUUUCAAAUUGUCUGCAGUUCCCAUGAUGUCCCUUUGUCAAAAUGCCCCCGCCCAAACGAAGCCGGGAGCCAGCUCGCUUCUCGCGAUACCCUGGUGCCCCUCGCCCUUUGCCAACCGCUGUGCUGGCUGCGCGAGCCCUGGACUAUAUGUACGACGGCAUCGCCCACAUGCCGACUGCACGUUCGUCACUUUCGUCACUUCCUAGGAUUCCUCUUCAUUCUUUUCGAUCUUCCUCGUCUCCUCGAGCCACAUGCCUCGCCGAAAGAAGUUGACCACUGUCAACCUGAGUUCCGGGGGUUCAUACUCCAGUCAUACUAUCGAUGACGUCUGCACACUUGACAUCCUCGCCCAGAAAUAUGAGGAGGCCUUGUCGGAAACCCGUCGCACGACGUUGUUGACGCGUUCUAGAACCCGGAGGCCAAUCCGCAGGCGGCGAAAUCGGCCAACCGCAUCGGACGUCUUCGCGAUCCCAACCGGCCGAGGAAGCUGACCGACAAACUGAGCCAGCGGGUUCAACAGUUGCCAUCUAUCCACCGGCUUCUGGAGUCGCGAGAUCGGGUUCGCAGUCUCAUUCUUCGGGAGUUCGGAGUGCUUCGCAUGGCGGUUGGAGAAGCAAUUCAUACGGAGUAUAAGAAGUUGGACCGAAUGGUUAACAGCACGAUUCGAGCCGAGGAGCGAGCUCUAUUGAAAUGCAGUCAGCGGCAGUACGACGAAACGGCUCCUAUUGAGGCAAUCCAGCGGCAGAUCAAAGGAACUUCGGCCGAGGGGCAAGAGCUGGCUCCAGAGUCGGACUCGACACAGAUCAAGAUUCCCGACCGACGGCAGAUUGCGGAAGCGGCCAUGAGCGACUCGGCGGUAUUCACCGGUCCCAAGGCUCUAUCACGACACAAAAUGUUCCUUAACGAUGAUCGCGCUAUGUUAACGAAGGGAGCGACGAUCGACGAGAGAAACAUCUUUAGCUACAAAAAUAGGAUCCGCGGCUAGCGUACAUGAUACUCAUGGCUUGCCACCUUUAUUGACCUUCGAGCGUAUUACCCCGUUGACCUGUCAGCAACAUCAGUGUCUCUUCUGCUUGUGCAGUGAACUACCCCAAGAAGAUCGGGAGAAACGUUAUGCCGGUAAGCACUCCCUCCAGAGACAUGCCGCACGCUGUCGCCUACGGCACUUUCGAGAGUAGGAUCAAAUUCCUUGCCCCGAUAACAUGGCUUGCCGUGGAAUGGUUUUCGAAGGAAAAUCGCACUUCAAGAACCAUGCGGCUUCCGUACACCAUUUCAUCUUAUAA